GGCAGAAUCAACCCAAGAGCCUAUCGUCACCGAGCGACUAAUCCUCCGCCAAAUUCGACCUUCGGAUGCAGAGGAUGUCUUCGCGUUCAUGACUCAGUCGUCUUCAAUGAGAUACACGUAACACACCCCACACCUCUGACUGGAGUCCACCAAGCAGUCACCUACCUCUCCGAACGCACCGGUGGCCCCAACACCUAUAACUUUGCUGUGUGUCUCAAGGACCCCACAAACACAGUCAUUGGUCUUCUGGGGAGCCCUUCGUACCCAGAGAUCGGGUAUCGGUUCUCACCUGCUCAUGCUGGAAAGGGAUAUGCCACUGAAGCUCUGCUUGCGUUCACUCCAGCACUAUUUGCUGUGAUGCCGGUAGACCAGACGUUUGCAGAAGCUCAUGUGGAUACCGAGAAUGUGCCUAGUCUGAAACUGCUAGAGAGAUGUGGGUGGCAGAGAUGGGGAGGAGUGGAGGAGAGAGCUUAUACGAGUCCACUUUUGGGACUCAGAGACAGUGUGUGCUAUAGGAUUGCUAGGGAAGGGCAUAGGCUAGAUGAUCUGGUGAACAAGGAGGAAGAGGAGGCAUUCGUGCCGGACCUGCAG